UCUCUUAGAACACAAAUGAACACUUAUGAUUUUUGUACUUUGUGUUUGGCGCAGACAUUAGCCGCCGUUGCAGUUUUCGCGUCCGCCAUGAUGACCGCUUCUGCCAAACCAACUGAACUCGUGCCCGCCGCCGCCAUCGCUCCAGUGGCCGUUGCUACGCCAUACGCUAGCUCGUUCACGUCACACAGCGUGGCCCACAGCGUAGCCACCCCGGUCGUACCGGCCGCUCCGUACGUGGCCGCCGCUCCAUACGCCGCGGCACCAUACGUCGCUUCGCCUUACGCGGCCGCACCUUACGUCGCCGCGGCUCCUUACGUGGCCUCUCCUUACGCCGCGUCGCCAUACGGGGCCUCUCCUUACGGUUACUACCCGUACGCCGCUCCGGCUUACCUGUAAAGGACGUUCCGAACUAAGAUGACCACCGCACAGCAGUCUCCACGCGACAACGGACGAGAGACGACCGCAACAACAACUCCUAACGCCACUGAUUCUUUUCAUUUUUACAAUAUUUAGAUCGCAUUUUUUAUAUAAAUAUCGUACAGACGAUAUAAUAUUAUGUAAUUUGUAAACAUAAAAAACCGUAAAUGUCACGGUGACACGAA